AUGUUGAAACUAUGCACACUCAAUCAUGCUAUGCUCAGUGAUCGAGUAGUUGAAGUGCUCAAAGAGAAAAACAUUGUUACUGUUUCUGAAUUUCUUCACACCGAUUCAAACAAAUUGAAACAGUUAUUAAAUAUUGAUUUGAUCGAUUUGGGUACCUUGAAAAAGGAUUUAUGGAGUAUACUCGGAAUUUUACCGAUUAACGGACUUCAACAUUACAAUAUACUUAUAAAUCAGUCGAAUUAUAUUCCGACCGGUAUCAAAAGUUUAGAUGAAUUGCUGGGCGGUGGUGUUUUAAGUGGAGGCCUGAUCGAUAUUUGCGGCCUGUCAGGUUCAGGAAAAACGCAACUAUACACAACGAUCGCCGUGAAUUGGGCUACCAAUGAUGAUAUUCACACGUUUGUUGUGGAUACCAAGGGAGAUUUUUCGGGUGAUCGAAUAAAUCGAAUUCUGUUGAGCCGCGACGAAUUGGGUGCUGAUAAACGUAAACAUAUUAUGCGUAAUAUCAAAGUGGAAAAAUGCAAUAGUCCGUUCAAAUUAAUAGCACUUAUGCGACGUUUAUUGGAUCAAAUGUCCUCGCAUCCAAAGGUUAAGUUACUUGUCAUCGAUUCAUUGCCGACCCUAUGGUUUCUCUUUCACGGCAACAAACGAAGUUUAAACCAACGAAAUCUAGCAAUCCUUGCUGACCUACUGAGAAAAUUGGCUGUGGAAUAUUCAAUUGCUGUUAUAACGAUAAAUAUUGAAACUAGAACCACUUUCGUUGGGUUUGGGUGCGCAGGUGAUAAGAGUGCAAUCGAUGAUGCGAACCAAAAUGAAAUGGAUUUGAUGAAUCAAACGGAGUCGCCAAAGACAACGUCGGCUUUGCUGCCAGCACUUGGAAAGCACUGGAAUUCAAUAUGUUCAUUACGUUUACGAAUCGAGCGCAAGCUUGAUUCUACUAAUUCUAAAUCGAUCUUUACAACGACUGAACCAUCAAACGAGCGAAUAAUUCGAAUUUUGAAAAGCAACCAAAACCAAACGGAUAUUCACUGUAUGGUGCAUCUUACGAAUACUGGUAUCACUUGAUUCAAAUCAUUGCUGAUUUCUCCCUUAUUUUUGUUAAAAAUUCUAGAAUUGCGUCUACAAUUCUUCUUUCUCAAAAUUCAUUUGAACUUAAAACUGUAAAAAGACUCAAAAAGAAAAACUGAUAAUAAAACGUAUCAUAAUAAA